GGUUGCCCAGAGCUGCUCCUGGAUCCCUGGCAGUGCCCAAGGCCAGGCUGGAUGGGGCUUGGAGCAGCCUGGGGUAGCGGAAGGUGUCCCUGCCAUGGCAGGGGGUGGAAUUGGAUAAUCUUUCAGGUCCUUUCCGACCGAAACCAUUCCAUGAUUCUGUGAUUUGCUGGCACUGGGAGAGCAGCCAACAGGACCCUGCCUGCGAUGAGCUGCUCUGAGGGAGGAUGCGAUGCUUGGCAGGACGUUUGUGGUAUUAUAGCAUUUGAUGAACUGAAGACUGAUUACAAGAACCCCAUAGACCAGUGUAAUACACUCAAUCCUACAGUUGAAAAGGUCAAAAAGAUUAAAAGAGUCAAAAUUGCAUUAAAGCUUGUACUUCCAGAGUACCUCAUCCAUGCAUUCUUCUGUGUCAUGUUUCUCUGUGCAGCAGAGUGGCUCACACUGGCUCUCAAUAUGCCCUUGUUGGCUUAUCAUAUUUGGAGGUACAUGAGCAGACCCGUGAUGAGCGGCCCGGGGCUCUACGAUCCUACCACCAUCAUGAAUGCAGAUAUUUUAGCCUAUUGCCAGAAAGAAGGAUGGUGCAAAUUAGCAUUCUACCUUCUAUCUUUUUUUUACUACCUAUAUGGCAUGAUUUAUGUUCUGGUGAGCUCUUAAGAAGACAUUCAGCAAGCUUUGUUCCAGUUAAGUGCAUGCAAAAGCCACAAAAAACAUGGAUUCUUUACAACAAGAACCUCUGACCAAGAUUAAAUCCGGAACCUGACGUUCACAAUUGAGUUAGAAAACAAUGACUCCCCUAUUUUUAAAAUAUUUCCACAUUUUAUACUUGUGGAAAGACUGUUUUCUUAUAUUUUACUGGGACGCUGGAAUUAAUGAAUUAUGUGUAAAUUAAUAUAAAGAUGACUGGGGUUUGAAAAGUUCUGACUUUGCACUCCAUAAGGAACAGCCAUAACCUUCAAGUAGGUGUUGGUCACUACUAGCCUUAGUACUCUAGGGAUUUGCUGUAGGAUGGGCUUUGUAGUGGCUCACUUGGACUUGUGUAUCCCACUCUUUACUCUAAACCAGCCCUAGCUCCAAGUGCUUGGGAAUGACUGGAAUGCUGUAUGUUUUGCCCAUAGGUGAUGUUGGUCUUAGGAUAUUAAUUCAUGGACACAAAAGCAAAAAUAGUUGUAUUUUGGUUUAUUUUUUUAUUAUCUGGUUAAUCUUCCCCUGUAUGUGCAUCCAUAGGUCCAGAGCCUUCUGUAUCUUCUCCAAACAUUAACCCUGCUUUAAUCUCGAGCCUGUGUCAUUGUGAUAGGAGAAGCUGAAUUUCCAUGGAGGAAUGAAUUUAAAUGUUUUUUUUUUAUGUCUGUGCUGAUUAACAAAUGGACAAACCUCCAACGUUUAUCAAGUCCAAUGAUGAAAACACUCUUGGGUUUAAGAGUAGUAAAUACUACAGACUCUUUCAAAGCAGAAGGUGAGAUUGUGAAACUGCCCCGCUGUUCCUUAGUGCAAUAAAUGAUAAUAAAAAACAAAUCUCAAAUUCAGCAACA